GCCUCAAUGAGUCGAGGCCUGGGAUUACGUUGCCUAAUCUGCUUCUGCCGUUUGGUACCAUGUACCACCUUCUGCCACAACGCUCUCACAAACUCGCACCAUUCACACCUUAACCCACCCACAUCCACACCACUACUUCCUCCACCACCAUCUUCCUCCGAGAUGUCAGGCGAUACGACCUGAUGCUCGGCGGCACGAAGAAGCUGCCUUCGCUGGAGAUGAAGGGCAUCAUUGUGAACCUGGAAGUGGACCCGCCGUCGCCCGAGGUGAUGGAGAUCGCGCGCAAGGAGCUGCGCGAGACGCCCGACCUCGCGCGCGAGAGCAUGGAGGAGCUGCGCAACCUGCUCAAAGAGGACGAGGAGCUGACCACGCCCUACGAAUACAAUAAGUUCCUCGAGCGCUUCCUGCGGCCCACCAAGUUCUACCCCGAGAGCGCCUACGACCUGGUGAAGCGAUACUACGACUUUCAAGCUGAAGCACUGGACUUGUACCGCGAGAUGUACCCAGCUCGGUGAAGGCGGUGUUCGACCAGGACCUGGUGACGACGCUGCCCCUGCGCGACGAGAAGGGCCGCCGCGUGUUGAUUCUGGAGCUCGGCAAGAAGUGGAAGCACAAGAAGGUGGCGCUGGAGGAAGUGUUCAAGGCGUGCGUGUGCUUCGUGGAGAUCGCGGCGCACGAGCCCGAAACGCAGGUGUGCGGAGUGCAGGUCAUCUUCGACAUGGACGGGCUGUCGCUGCAGCAGGUCUGGCAGUUCACGCCCUCCUUCGCCAAGCUCAUCGUCGACUUCCUGCAGGAAGCAAUUCCUCUUCGUGUAAAAGGCUUCCAUAUUGUAAACCAACCCUACGUCUUCAACAUGGUGUUUGCUCUCUUCAAGCCAUUCCUGAAGGAGAAGCUUUCAAGCAGGAUUGUGUUCCAUGGCACUGACCGCCCAUCUUUACACAAUUAUAUCUCUCCUAAAUGUUUGCCUGAAUGCUAUGGAGGGACUAUGGAAAUGGAACGCAUUCCAUCGGAGAAGUGGUAUGAGGUUUUGACUCCUAUUGAACAUGAGUUCAAAGAAAUUUUGAAGUAUGGAUACCUCAAGGCUAUUGCAGCAAAAGAAAAGGACAAGAAGAAGUAAGUCUUGAAUAUGUGUAUGUGGCAACAGAAGUUUUACUUAAUAGUGACUGCUAAAAAGAAAAAUGCAAGUAAUUUCAGAGCAAUGAAACACUUGUCAAUGUUUGUCAAUUACAUGAAUUUUCCACCCUGUGCUAAUCAGAUUAUGGUGGUUUAUCCUCUUUGAGGUGUAAUAGUGUUAUUCUCAUUUUGAGACUGACAGAAAGAUGUGGUUGUGCCUACAUUCCUGUAAUGUAGUUUUAAGUUUCAAUUUAUAAGCAAGUAACUAUUAGUUCAUAUAAUGAUUUGCACUGGUUACAUUUCUUUUCAUAACUUCAUUCUGUGAUUAUUUUUCUUGUGGGGAAAAAAAGGACAAUCAAAUGUCAGCACAAUAAACAUGGAAAUGGAUUCCUUUUUCUGUAAAUGUAGAGACUGUUCUAGUACUUACAACAAUGUACAUAAAAAGCUCACUUAUGAAUAUUUUAUACACUGUUACUUCUAUAAGAAUGAAUUAAACUUUUAUAAUCCACAUUCUGUUAAUAAUUGUAAGGUAUGAAAUUAUAUUUUGUUGAAAGUAUUAAAUGUUUAAAGUAUUCUUGAAUAU